CUUUAUGUUAAUGUGUGUGUGUGUGUGUACUAGUGACUGGUCUCAGAACACAUCCAGAAACAGGGACACUUCUGGAUUACCACAGGAAAAAGCUCACAGAAUGACUCACUGCCAUUUCAAAGCAGGAUUCUACCCCCUUGUCUUCAUUACUGCUGCCGUUCUGAAUGCGAGAUCAUUGAACCUGGAAGACAAAAUGCUCCUGGUGACAGCAGCAGGACCCCAGCCAUUGAAUUGCUUCACCCAGACCCUGGAAGAUCUCUAUUGUUUCUGGAAUGAAAUGGACGAUGGUGACCCCAAUAAAUACCGAUUCUCCUACCAGUAUCUGUACCAGGACGACAAUGAGAGGAAAGAAUGUCACCUUUCCGUCCAGAGGAUUGGCGGUAACAUGAACCGUUACAUCUGCACACUUCCCACAAUGGAUGUUUCUCUGUUUGCUCCCUUGGAAAUCGAGGUGUCACUGAAUUCGAGUCGGGUCAAGCAGCGGCAAGUCAUCUACAUCAACAACGCCGUUGUCUUAGAUCCACCAUCUAAUGUGACCGUGCAACGGACUGGAAAGCCUGGCCAACUGCAUGUCAAAUGGUCAGCACCACAGCUAAAGUACUUGGAGAACUCCCUGUUGUAUGAAGUCAACUUCUCUUCCGUCGGUUCCAACGUGCAAAAGGUCGAGACUGUCAAAGGGAAGACAGAGUGCACCAUUCUGAAACUGAAGCCUCAGACUCAAUACCUUGUCAGUGUCCGCGCAAAGCCCGACGGACUCUCCAUAGAUGGCUACUGGACGGAAUGGUCUAAACCUGGGUCUGCCAUUACUGAUUCAGAUUUUGAUCCUCUGAUUCUAACCAUGUCCUUGGUCCUCGUCAUGAUCAUCAUUUUGCUGUUUCUGACCAUCCUCAUGACCCACCGCAGAAUGAUCAAGGAAAAAAUUUGGCCCCUAGUGCCCUCCCCUGAGAACAUGUUCGAUGGAUUGUUCACUGUGCACCGGGGGAACUUCCAGGAGUGGCUGAACUGGAGUAGCGCACAGAUCUGGUGGAACCUGCAGUUCUUCAGCACCGACGAGCCAGCCAGCACCCUGGAGAUUUUGUCCGAGACAAAGACAUUUCCUCUGGGCCUGCCCGCAGCCAAGCAUCAGGAGGGCUUCCUGGACGAGUGGAGCUGCCUGGUGUCCAAGCCGCAGCGAGACAAAGGCCUGGGGGGUGAAGGCAAGCCCGCUGCUGGAGCACCAGAAGGACCCGACACCAGGGAGGUCUACGUCGUCUUGAAUCAGAAUUUCUUCGCCGGUCGCCCCUCUCUGCCCGACACCUGCAGCCUCAUGCAGAGCAGCAAUGACGUCUCGGACGAAGGGAUGCCUUUGACGUUGCUGUUCGAGGGUUCCAGACCGGGCUCCGAGGACGAGAAGUCGUCCGUCGGAGAGGACUCUUCGGGGCGAGACUCCAUCUCACGUCAGUCAUCUCUGUCGAGCAGGAUCGAGUUAGGGACCCCUGAGCAGCAGGUGACUUUCCACUCUGACCCCAGCGGACAAUUACUUUACCUGAGUCCCUUAAGGUUCAAGUUGGAGAGUGACAGAAAUUAUCCGUACCUUCUGAUGUCAGAUUCGGGGAUUUCAGCUGAUUUCAGCACCACAGAUGUGCCAUCACACUGGAACAUAGCAAGCUCAUACACAAAUCUCUACAAGAGGGAAGAUCUCCCGAAGUGCUUACACACUGCACACCUGGAAUCUUGAGAUCUACUCGAUUGGCCAUGAAAGAUCUUCCCCCAUCACUUUACUUGUGUGAGCUGCCUUACAACCGAGUUCACAUUGGGAGGGUCUCAACAUUGUCUUGUUGUUUCAUGUCGUUCAACUGAGCUGGAAGGACAGGGUGAGCAAAUUUGCUUCCAUGCCCAGAUAAUAAAGUAACAUGCCUCACGAGUGCAAGCAAGCAGUGGGACCUUACUCAGGUUAGCACGGCACUUUGGAGACAACUAUCGGUCGUGACAGACACAGUUCCUGCUUGGAACCGUUCAACUAAUCCCAUGAGGACGGGGUCGGCGAGUGGGAUAGAGAUGUGGGCUCAUGUACGCACUACAGAACAGGCAGACAGAGGAGGCAAUGGCACCUGCUCGCUACAGAGAAAGAGGAAGGGUGGCAAGGUUCAGGCCAUUGCCAGGGAAUGUUCACUUUGGAGAAGAGAGCAGAGACUGUGAAGACAAACCCCUUUAUGUGGAGUGGAUUAAUGGCUCAAUCUCGGUGACAGUGUUUGAAUGUGCAGUGACAUGAAGAUGUGAAUGCUUGUCUGAGUUUUGAGGUGUGUGAACACUGAUCAGGAAGGCUCUACAAUACCCCCUUUCCCCACCCUGACACAUACUCUCUCACACACACACACACACACACACACACACUCACUCAUACUUGCUCUCACACUCACUGGCACACAUACACUUUCUGUCUCACUCACACACAUACACACACACACACAUGGGCACUCUCUCUCACUCACAUAUUCACUCUCUCACACUCACUGCACUCUCAUUUACACACACAUGCGCUCUCUCACACUCUUUCUCACACUCACUGGCACAUGCACUUUAUGUCUCUCUCACUCAUAGACACACUCACUUACUCACAGACAGGCACUGUCUCUCACUCACUCAUACAUUCACUCACUCACUGGCACAUGCACUCUGUCACACUCACAUACGCUGUCUCUCACACUCACGCUGUCUCAAUUACUCUCACACACACACUGUCUCUCAUUUACACACUCACAUGCACUCUCAUUUACUCACACACUUUCUCAUUCACUCACACCCCCACGCACACACUUUCUCUCUGUCACACACACAUGCACUUUCCCUCACACUCACACACACUCUCAAUUACUCUCACAUACAUAUCUCUCUCAUUUACACACUCACGCACACUCUCAUUUACUCAGAUACACUCUUUCUCAUUCACUCACACCCACACACAGACGUUCUCUCUCUCAAACACUUUCCCUCACACUCACUCACACAGGCACUGUCUCUCACUCACACACACACACAUGCACUCUCUUUCACACUCACACAUACAAACACACACACACAUACACACACACACACACACACACACACACAGACACUCUCACUCUCACUCUCUCUCUCACUCUCUCUCUCUCACUCUCUCUCUCUCUCUCACUCUCACUCUCCCCCGGACACGUUUCAUUGCAAGCGGUGUACAGUUAGCUGGUUUCCAUUGAGGUGAUGGUAGGGAGAGUACAAUCUGCCUCAGGUUAAUUCUGUGGUGCUGGCUGUGACUCAGAGUGAGUCUAAGGUCAAAGGUUCAGGUCCCAGCCCAGAGAGAGGGGUUCAAGUCCAGACUGACCCUCACAGGGCAGAGGUGAACACUACCCCUCAGACAAGAUCUCACCCAUUCUUUCCUCUCGUGUGAAAGCGAUUAUUGGGGGGGGGGGGGUAGUUUCCCUGGCCCCCUUGACCAAUAUUUAUCCUUCAGUUGAAGCACUAAGACAGAUUAUGACAGCACGUUGCUGUUUUUUGGGAGCUGUCUGUGUUCAAAUUAACUAUAUUUCAGCAGAACUGCGGUUCAAAACCUGCUUGGCCUAAAGGGUCCUGGGAAAUCCUGGGGAAGAAGAUAUGUUCUUCCUCCAAUGAUCCUGGACUAGGGAGGGGGACAUUAGAUCUGCUCUCUGGAUUUAACUGGGAUAGAUGACUCAAUUGUGAUCGUCACUACAGCUUGCACUGCCCGAACUAUGAACAGGAACUGACUGAAGUAAGAUGCUGAAUGGGAGAACGGAGAAGGAAGGGAGUGGGGAACUGAAAGUCAGCGAUGAAACCAACAUACCUCAGAAUGCAGGAGAACAAUGGAAUUUUUUUCACUAACCACAAAGUUUAUCAGUUCUUAAAGUGCUGUCACAUCGAUGACUAAACAUUAUCAGCACAGAGUCUGGGAUGGUGGAUAGAGAGAGAGAAAAAACUGAAUGUGUGUGUUCUUCAAAUCACAACACGCCCACUGCAUAGUUCCAAGAAUUCUGUGGGGACUUUGUAGGGAAAAUACAAUGGCCUUUCUUUGUUCUUGCAUUUCUAUAAGACUGGGUGUCUUAUAUUAAUACAGGGUCCAGUGGGAAGCCAUGAAAUCUGUUCCCACUGGCAAUAUGGAGAUACUUUAAGUUCACACAUGAACACUGCUUGAGCAACUUAGUGUGACUGGAAAUUGUAUUCAUCCCAUUUUAAUUCCUGGAGGCUUAUCAUGAAUGUGGCAGACUCCACCCUUGUGAACCCUCAUUACUGAAAAUUAUACACUUCGUAUACAUUCCUAAGGGCAGUUGGCUGAAUUAUUUAGACAAUCUUGCUCUAAAUAUUACUCAGGUUUUGCUGAGUCUCUCAGCACAAUGGGGAAAAGACAUUUCUCCUGUGCUCUGAAUGCUUGUACGUUUAAUCUCGAAACCCCUGUCAGGCUGUGGAAAGAACAAUGGAGGUGAAGCCCAUUUGACACCGGAUAGAGGUGGUGCAUUGAGUCGCAGUGUUGAUAUUUUUAUACACUCUGUUCUGAUGCACCCCUGAAGUGGGUCGGACUUGAACCCGGGACUUCAAGCUCAGAGAUGGGGACACUACCACUGCACCACAAGAGGAAAAAACUUGUCAUGCCCCCAAAAUACAGGGGUCCCCAAUUUACAAACAUCUGACUUACAAAUACUUAGGAGUGCCUUCCCAGGCAGGGAUGUAAUUUUAAAGAUCUGACGUAUGAUCAUUUCCUGCGCUCACAAAUAGCUCCUUUUAUGUUGUGUUCCAACUUGCAGACAAGUUGACCUGCAAACGGCCUCCGUUAGUGACCUGGGGACUAGGUUUGGUGGACAAGUAGGAUGUUCCUGGAUAUUUAUUUCCCCUCAUGCAGAGGGGAACAAAACCCUUCUUGUUUUCCAGUGACUAAGUUAAAUCAUGUCCUGGUGAUUGUGCUGUUGAGUAAUUGUGUGCCAUAACACCACUGAUAGCAAUCUGCUCAAUUUCCUGCUUAUAACCAGAAAGCCAUCUUGUCUGAAGGUGCACAUUGCUGUAAAACAGAAAGACAGACAAUAUCCUGACACAGCAACUGUACAUAAUUAACGUUUUAGUUCAUUGGCAUUUUGUCUGAUUUAUUUCGGAUUUCCAACAUCCUGUAUCUUUGGUUUCACUGUAAAAUGUAAACUUGUGUACAUAAACUGUUUAUUCUUACAGAAAGCAUUUUUUACAACAUUCAAAAGUAUUUUGGAUAACUG